UUAAAGUUUACUUAAAACAUUUUUGUUUUAUCUUAUCCAGACAAUUGUAUAAAAUAAAAACGUAAUACUUAGGUAGUUGAUGAUCACUUUGCCUGGAUGGUUUUGAAAAAUAAAAUGAAUUCAAAUCCAAAUUUAUCUGAAGAAGGUCUUAUUAAACCUAAAAAACCGCCAAAUCCAGUUCGAGAAAACAGUGAAAGACAAAAUUUACACAAGGAGUUGCUUUUUAAUAAAAAAAUAGGAAAGAAUGUACUGGAUCAAAAAAGUGAGUUGCAAAAAGCCAUGGAAAAACAAAAGAGUAAUUUAGCAAAAAAGCAAUUGGAAAAAAAAUCAGUUACUGAAAUAUCGGAGUUACAGCGAAAAAUUUCAAAUUUGGGUGGAAAACAUAACAUGGAAAAGAAUGACGAGGACAAAGGAGUUAACAAGGAGUUUGUUAAUGUGAAAAUGACAUUGAGAAAUACUAAUCCAAAAUAGUAUGAAUUUAAGUUUUUAUACCUACUUAUGUAUUUUUUCUACUGUAAAUAUAUUACCUAUGAGAUUGUACCUGUUGCUAAAAAAAAUAAUUAACGUAUUUUUUACUUAAAUUGUUAUCUAGUGACCAUUUUUAUAAAAUAAAAU